AUGAAGGCAGUGGCUGGUGUCAUCCUACAGUCUAUCGUGCUUCUGCUUGUAGGCGCCUUCUCCGACGCAAAACUUGCUUGGAACUCAACUGAAUUUCUAUUCACGUUUGGCGACUCUUACACCACCGAUGGCUUUAACAUUUCUGCCGGUGUAAAUUCUCCCGUACCAGGCUUUACAUCGUCGAAUGGUCAGAACUGGGUGCAGUUUUUGGGAGGAACGUACAAUAUCACGAAUACAAAGGUCUUCAACUUGGCUUCGGGAGGUGCAACUAUCGACGCCGCCCUGGUCACUCCAUUUGAACCGACAGUCUUGUCCAUCGUCGAUCAAGUUGCACAAUUCGACCAGUUUUUGGCUCCUAAACCCGAGGGUGCUCAAUGGAGUGGCAAUAACUCCCUGUUUGCAAUUUGGAUCGGAAUUAACGACGUUGGGAACUCCUUUGCUUGGACAAACGUUACACAGUCUGGGUUUCACCAAGUCUUGAUGGCACGGCUCUUCAAGCAGAUUGAGGACCUCUAUCAGUAUGGCGCUCGCAAUUUCCUAUUCUUGACCGUCCCACCCACGAAUCGCGCACCUUUGAUCAUCGAACAAGGAGAACCUUCAAUCACACUGAUUACAAGCGCUUUAGCAGACUACAAUGCCCAACUCGCCGAGAACGUGCAGGCAUUCAAUGCGAACCACACAGACGCAAAUGCAAAUGUCUUCGACACCGUCCCGAUUUUCAACACGCUUUUGGAUAAUGCAGAUACAUUUGGAUUCGUGAAUGUCACCGGUUUCUGCGAUGCCUACCAGAACGGAACGCCACAAUUGACGACUCAAAUCCCGCCUUGUGCACCAGUAUCGAGUUACUUUACACAACAUUCUGGCGCAUUCAAUCUCGACGUUUCUCAGUACCUAAGGAUUGGAAGUUGA